AAUCUCAAGAAUUUCAGAAAUCACAAGAAUUUCAAGAAUCUCAAGAAUUUCAAGAAUUUUUAGAAUCUGAUAUAUCAACUAGUUUCUCAGUUAUUAAGCAACCAAACUUAGCCAAAAAACCUAAAUUAGAGCAGCUAACUAAAUCAAAAUUGCUCUUUAAUCCAUUAUGGCGAAGCCAAUAUCCAUGGCUUAAAGAUCAAAAAGUAGAUGGAAAAAUUUGA